GGCUGGGGGGUAUAUUUUGUGCGCGUUACCGUACGUCAAUUUUGGUAUUUUUGUACGGUAUUGAACGGGAAAUAUCAUGGGACCUUGCUUUUAACCAGUGCGAAGGCUCUUUUCAUGUCCUUAGCCUUCAAUCUGGAUUGAUGGAAUUCAGAUUGAAAACCUUUUUUUUUUUCUGGUACGGUAUUUUCCAAUGGCUUGUACGGUAACAUGCGUUUGAAACGUUGGUCACCCUGGUUCUUGCUUAAAUGCGUCGCUUUCUUGUCAAUCUUCAAUCUAUGGCGGCUUUUAGUGUGUUUUAGUCAGGGACUUGUCUGUUUUAGUUCAAGUUGCGUUUCGAGCCUUUUAACCGUUUAGUUUGCACUCUGAUGGGCAAAAUCAGCAAGCCAGGAAUCGAGAUAAUCCCAGUUAGUGAGAGCAUUUUGAAGAAACCACGUGGAGCCCCGUUGAAAAUGCCGUACAUGUCCGAUCCCACCAUUGUACCACGAGUACAGAAGUACUUGGAGAACAACAUUGAGAAAACCUAUGUGGACAUCAAUCAAAUGGCCGACGAGCUGCAGAAAAAGUACCGCGAAUACGCCAAAAGGAAGCGCAGCGCCUUUAGGGCUUCGGUGAAGAAGGCCUAUUCUAUUGUGUUGCAGAGCUACGGCCUGGAGGACAAAGACAGCUCAGACGACGAGCUUCUGAGCGACGAUAGUGAUGCGGAAAGCGAUGGUGAAGACAAAUUCGUCGACAACUCGAUGAACAACGCCCUUGUAGGGCUGUACCAGCGCCAAGUGGCCAUCAAUCCCAAACUAGUCGACAAUGAGCUGAUCGCCAUCAGCAGCGAGGACUCUCAAGACAAUGCUGCCUAUGUGAACAGUGUGAAGAAGAGCAAUGGCGCUGCGGCGUCAACUUCCCAGAGUAGAGGAAUGCUGACGCCAGGAUACCUGAACAACCGAGCUAAUUUAUACGAAAAACCGUCUUCUGAGCCCCCGCCCAUAGAGCGGGUCAGGAAGAGAAAGCUGGACGUCACAAUAUCCCCGAUAAAACUCGCCCCUAAAAAGAAGAAAACUGUGCCCAAAACCGCACAUGAUGUGGUGGUGAGUUUUAAGGACAUCGGGGGCCUGGAAAAGACGCUGGAGGAUCUUUGCAGGCUGCUGCUGCAUAUCAGGAACCCGGAACUUUACAAAAAGCUGGGUACUUCGCCCCCUAGAGGCUUCCUUCUCCACGGCCCGCCCGGAUGUGGCAAAACGUUGUUGGCCAGUGCCAUUGCGGGGGAAUUGGAGGUUCAGCUGAUCAAAGUGGCCGCCCCCGAACUAGUGGCGGGCAUUUCAGGCGAGAGCGAGGAGCGCAUCAGGGAACUGUUUGAACGGGCGUGCAAUGCAGCCCCUUGUGUGCUGUUUAUUGAUGAAAUCGACGCCAUCACUCCUAACAGGCAGACUGUCCAGAAGGAGAUGGAGCGGAGGAUCGUGGCUCAACUCCUUAGCUGUCUGGACGACUUGAGUGCGGCAGAAAACGGCGAACAAGUGCUGGUGAUUGGGGCCACCAAUCGCCCAGACGCAAUCGAUCCCGCCUUGCGAAGGGCCGGCAGGUUUGACAGGGAAAUCUGCCUUGGAAUCCCGGAUUUAAAGUCGCGCGAAGCGAUUCUCAAG